AUGGCCGUCUCCAAUGAGUCCAUCAGUGUGGUCCAAACCAGAGAAGAAGGAACCACCCAACUUUUCGUAUAUUACACCAGCAAGGCGCUCUUAUCUUCAAAAACUCGCUAUCCCAAUAUGGUGAAGCUCGCCUUAGCUUUGAUCACAACCUCUAGGAAGCUGAGGCCCUACUUCCAAGCACACAACAUUCACGUUUUGACCAACUUUCCUUUGAGGCAAGUACUACAGAAGUCGGAUGCCUCGGGAAGACUGCUGAAAUGGGCAGUUAAGUUAUGUGAAUUCGACAUUGUCUUUAAGAUAAGGGUAGCCAUCAAGGGCCGAGCCUUAGUUGAUUUUGUAGCAGAGUUUACCAAUGCACCCGAGAUGGAAGAGGUUAUGGAAUCUGUUGAGCCCCCCACGCGGAACUUGUUCGUAGAUGGCUCGGUUGGAGACAUAGGUUUGGGAAUAGGGGUAGUCCUUGUCAACCCAGAAGGUCACAAGCUGAACUUAGUCAUGAGAUUCGAAUUUAAGGCCACAAACAAUGCUGCUGAGUAUAAGGCGCUCCUUGCAGGCCUCAGAUUAGCCAAAGAAAUGCAAGUAAGAAGGCUGCAUAUCAACAGUGACUCCCAGCUAGUUGUGAGCCAAGUGAACGGCAGUUUUUCAGCUAAAGAUAAAACCAUGGCCUCCUACUUGAAGAUGAUCUUUCGCCUCAAGAACGCACAUGCAGAUGCUCUCUCCAAACUCACGAGCAGCAGAGAUUUUGAACUACUUGCUAUAGUACCAAUUGAGCACCUCCUCAUGCCAUCUAUCGAGGCCUCUGAGUGGAUGUGGGCUACAGGAACCCCUACCUGGAUGCAACAAAUCAUAGCCUACCUAAAGGACCAAGUCCUGCCUACUGACAAAUAUGAGGCCUACAAGCUAAGAAGGAGGUCUACUCAUUUCCUCUUUGUUGAUGACGUGCUAUACAAAGGAAGCUUCUACUCUCUACUUAUUCGCUGUGUGGGGGGAGACGAUGCCACUUACAUUCUGAAGGAAAUCCACAAAGGUGUUUGUGGCAAUCAUUCACGAAGAAUAGCCUUGGCACAAAAGGUACUAAGGCAAGUGUACUAUUGGCCCACCUUAAAAAAGGGUGCGAACUUCGUCAUUGUGGCUAUUAACUACUUCACGAAGUGGGUUGAGGUCGAACCACUAGCAAAAAUCAUGGAAGUAAACACCUCCAAGUUCUUUUGGAAGAAUACUAUAUGCCGAUUCGGAAUUUUCCACUCUAUAGUUUCAGACAAUGGAAGGAAGUUCAACAAUAAAAAGGUCAGGAACCUAUGCGAAGAACUUGGAAUCAAGAAGCACUUCUCAACAUGUCAUCAUCCCCAAGCCAAUGGCCAAGUUGAAGCUGUAAACAAGACGAUCAAACAUCUUCUCAAAAGGAAACUGGAUGCAUCAAAGGGAGCCUGGGUUGAUGAGCUGCCUCAAGUUCUCUGGGCAAUCCGAAUUACCAAUUGA